UCCCAUUCAGUUUAUAUUUCCUCUUUGAUUCAGUUCAACUCAAGAUCACACGAGCGAAUAAAAGUAACAACAAAACACCGCCAAUUACGUCAAUCAAUCGAAUCAAAGCUUAAGCCAAAAACUCAACUAACAAACUUGAACCAGUGAACUUAAACCUUACAAGUUAAUCCUUGUCUCAACAUUAUUGUUUCAAUACCAACUAAUAUUAUUGUUUCAUAAACUUUCCAAAUCUUGAAAACUGUAAAUUGUGCAAACCAGUGCUUGAACUAUUCACUGCAAAACAACGCACUUCUCACUUCAACUUCUUGUUCCAAAAACUAAAGCUGCAAGAGUAGAGUUGUUUGGAUCACGAAACAACGAAGAAAAGUGUUUACAAUUUUUUCGGUUUCUUGGAACAACGAGAUUUGAUUCUUUUGCUGAUCUAACAGUGCCAAUUGGUUAACUAUGCCAAGCCAUUUACCUUCACUUGGUAGGUUGAGUUCAACUCAUUCGGAAGGGAAAGGAAAUUUUCACAUAAAAAUUGUUGUCCUGGGUUCACCUCGAGUAGGCAAAACGGCCAUUGUCAGUCAAUUUCUUUACUCACAUUUUCCCGAGUCUUACAUUGCCACGGUUGAUCAGCUUCAUCGAGCCGAGUAUGAAGUCAAAGGCUUUGGUCCUUUAAUAUUGGACAUUUUGGACACUUCGGGAUCCCACGAGUUUCCCGUUAUGAAGAAACUUGCCAUUGAAAGUGCAGAUGCCUUUUUACUCGUCUUUUCAUUGACCGAUUCAGAAUCCUUUGAAGAGGUUAGGCGACUUCGUGAUGAAAUUAUUGCAACAAAAAAGUGUAAAGCAGCAGAAGCCAAUGCAGCAACAAUGGCCUCAGUCAAUCCCAAUGCUAGCAACAACACUAGUCCAAGUUUCACUCAACCUCACGUCGGCCCCAACUUGACCAACCUUGUGAACAACAGACUUUGCCAUGAAAGUUACAACUCUUGUUUAAUCCCUCAAAACAGAGGUCGUCAUCAUAGUAUCAACCCGAUAAUCAACAAUAACAAUUAUUCUCACAAUAACGAUAGACUAGAUAAUAUUUACUUCAACCAUGGAAGCUAUUUACCAGGAAUCAAUGAAAAGGUCAAAAAUUCGUCUUUUAACUCUGGCACUUUGGAUCGAUUGCAAACCUAUGGUUACCGUUAUGAAGAUGAGGAAAACUCUUUGCAUGAGUCAAGUUUUCUCGAGUCAGUUAAACUACCGCCUAUUGUGGUUGCUGCAAACAAAUGUGAUCUCGAUUCAAUGAGAGUCAUCAAGAGAGAGUUGACUGAAACCAUUGUCACCAUUGACUGGGAAAAUGGUUACGUUGAAUCAUCGGCUAAAGAUGACUUUAACAUUAACACAAUAUUUCAACAGCUAAUGGUUCAAAUAGGUGUGCCUUACAAGAUUGGCUCAGUUAUUGGUAACCCAAAGAUUAGACGGAAAUCGCUUCCCGCUUAUCCAACAAGUCCAGCUCUUCGUGAUAAAGUAACACCUAAACGAAACAGUUGUGCCGUCUCAUAGCUCUAACUGAAGGGUAACAACCCAGUCGAACCCAGUCACUUGUUGGAUGCACAACCUUUGAAAGUCAAAUCAGGAUAAGGAAGCAAUUGAAACGAAAAUCGAACGAAACAAAAUUACGAAAACGAAUACAAUUUUUUCUCCAUUUUUUCCUUUCCUCCAAACACUCUUUGAUUCAAUCUAUUUAAACACAUUUUAAUCAAUCGAAAGUUGAGUUUGAAGAAUCCAAAAAUUAUCCAAAAUUGAACUUUUUUAUCCUGUAAAUCAGUUGUAAUCUUGAAAUUUUGAAAAUUGUAUUUGAAUGAAAAGUUGAG